AUGAGUUUAGUUAGACGUUUUGCUGUGCUGUCAGCGAGGAGGAUAGGCCGUGGGCCUCACCCUGGUACUGUUUUCAGCUCAGGAAUCGGUCUCAGAACCAUUGGAAGCAAAGUUGGCGUGAGCAACAUAAAUUCAAGUUUUAGUCUUGGUCAAAGACACUUGUCGAUGUCUUCUAGGCUGGCCUUUCAAUUUAGCCGUAGAUUAUCUCAAGAACAAGAUGAUAAGCAGAAAAAGGAUAACAAAGUAAAACCUGAAGAAAAGGAAGAUGAAAAAGAAGUAAAACCAAAAGAACAAGAGCAAGAACAACCAGAUACUAAGAAGGAGGGAAAGAAAAAGAAGAGUGUGGAAGAAGAAGAAGUGAUCAAAGAACUCAAGGAGAGAAUCAAGAAAAACAACCCUAAUGUCAAGGAUGAAGACUUCAAGGUCUUCACAAUUGGAAAUGCUCAGCUCAGAAACUUUUUGGUUUCGCUUGGGUUAUCCAUACUAGUUACAGCAAUGCUUGUCACAGGAAACUCAACCCAACAGGAGCAACUUUCCUUUCAAGAUUUCAAAGUGAAAUAUUUAGAGAAGGGACUUGUCACCAAGUUGAUCGUGAUAAAUAAGUUUGCUGUAGAAGCUGAGUUGAUUCAGGGUGCUGUUUCAGAUCAGACAUUCCAAACAUCCACCGGCCAUCCUGCGGUUGUGUUCACUAUUGGAUCUGUGGAAUUCUUUGAAGAUGAAAUGAAGAAAAUACAAGAUAAGUUAGAGAUUCCAUUGGAGGAAAGAUUAUCUAUUACUUAUGAGGAAAGAGGCUCGUGGUUGAAUUAUAUCUUACCUAUUUUGCCAACCGUUUUGCUUAUUGGUGGGUUGUGGUACAUGACUAUUAGAAGAGCUGGUGGGGGUGCCGGUGGAGCUGGUGGUGCUGGUGGUAGUGGCGGUGCUGGCGGGAUGUUCCUGAUUGGUAAAUCCAAGGCAAAGCUCUUCAACCAGGAAACAGAUGUAAAAAUUAAAUUCAAAGAUGUUGCAGGUUGUAACGAAUCCAAGGAAGAAAUUAUGGAAUUUGUUAAAUUUUUACAAGAUCCAACCAAGUAUGAAAAAUUAGGAGCUAAAAUUCCAAGAGGUGCCAUUCUCUCUGGACCUCCGGGAACUGGUAAGACCUUGUUGGCCAAAGCCACUGCAGGUGAGGCUGGUGUUCCUUUCUUGUCUGUUUCUGGUUCCGAAUUCGUGGAAAUGUUUGUUGGUGUAGGUGCUUCGAGAGUGCGUGAUCUUUUCAAAACUGCAAGAGAUAUGGCCCCAGCUAUCAUCUUUGUAGAUGAAAUUGAUGCAAUUGGUAAAGAAAGAGGAAACGGUAAAAUGGGUGGUAACGAUGAGAGAGAAAAUACCUUGAAUCAAUUGUUAGUGGAAAUGGACGGUUUUGAAUCUCAAGAUCAUGUUGUAGUCUUGGCAGGUACUAAUCGUCCUGAUAUCUUAGACAAGGCUUUACUUAGACCAGGUAGAUUUGAUAGACACAUCUCUAUUGAUAAUCCUGAUGUGGAAGGUAGAAAGGAUAUCUUCAAAGUUCAUUUGAAUAAAUUAACCUUGAAAGUUUUAGAAGAUAUUCAAGCUCAUAACAAAGAUAUAACAUUCAGCAAGUAUCAAGAAUUGAAAAAUGAUGCAAUGGAUAAAUUGGCUGGUAGAUUGAGUGCUUUGACUCCUGGCUUCGCUGGUGCCGACAUUGCUAAUUGUUGUAAUGAAGGUGCCCUUAUCGCUGCCAGAGAAGAUGCUCACUCUGUCGAUGUUUAUCAUUUUGAGCAAGCAAUCGAAAGAGUUGUAGCUGGGUUAGAAAGAAAAUCUAGAGUUAUGAAUUUGGAAGAAAAGAGAACUGUCGCAUUUCACGAGGCAGGACAUGCUAUCUGUGGCUGGUUCUUAGAAUUUGCUGACCCACUUGUUAAAGUAUCCAUUAUCCCAAGAGGCCAGGGUGCCUUGGGUUACGCUCAAUACUUACCCAAGGAUCAAUAUUUGGUAUCUGAGGAACAAUUUAAACAUAGAAUGAUUAUGGCACUCGGUGGUAGAGUUAGUGAGGAAUUACAUUUUCCUACUGUCACCACUGGAGCUUCUGAUGAUUUCAAAAAAGUAACUCAAAUGGCUCAACAGAUGGUUACCAGUUUAGGUAUGAGUAACAAGUUGGGAAGUAUCACGUAUUCAAACUCAGAGGGGGGAAAUGGAGGAUUUAAGGUUCAUAACACUUAUUCCGAAACUACUGCCAGAACUAUUGAUACUGAGGUGAAAAGAUUUAUCGAUGAAGCCUAUGACGCAUGCCACAAACUCUUAAGUGAGAAGAAAGAAUUAGUUGAUAUAGUAGCAGAAGAAUUGUUUGCAAAGGAAGUCUUGACAAGAGAAGAUAUGAUUAGGUUAAUUGGACCUAGACCAUAUACCGAGAGGAACGAUGCAUUCGAUAAAUAUAUUCAAGGUGAUGCCUUCAAGGGUAAGCCGAAGGCUGCAAGUGCAUGA